AAUAAUCCCAAUCAGAUGGACUUAAAUCGGGACCAGUGCAUUUCGGGUGCGGCGAUAGCAUGUUGAAGGCCCAACUGAAGGAGGACGCUGUUCUGGGACGCUGUUUGGCCACUGCGUCGUCCGUGGAGCGUGGUGACCUGGUGCUGGAGGAGUUGCCCUUUGCCCGCGGACCAAAGCGGGACAGUGGGAUCGCCUGCCUUGGAUGUUAUCAGUUUUUGCAAUUCGGCGAGGACGGUGAUUCGCUGGAUCGCUGCGAACUCUGUGAUUGGCCGCUAUGCGGAUCGUGUGCCGACGACGAUGACGCCACUGAUCACCGCGGAGAGUGCCAGGUCUUCUCCGCCGCACGUGUCACUUUCGCUGGGAAUGUGAGCGAUGAUGGCGUCUGCACGCAGUUGGAUUGCAUAACACCAUUGAGGGUGCUGCUGGCCAAGGAGGCCAAUCCUGAGCGUUGGGAUAGCGAGGUUGCACCAAUGGAGCAUCACGAGGAGGAGCGGAAGAAGGACUCUGAUGUGUGGCAUGCAGAUCGCGUUAACAUUGCUCAGUAUUUGCGGGGUCCCUGCAAACUGGCCUCCCGGUUCAGUGAGGAGCUGAUCAUGCAAGUAGUGGGUGUGCUGGAAGUGAAUGCUUUUGAAGCAAGGAGCUCCAAGGGUUAUCCCUUGAGGUGUCUCUUUCCCUACACUGGAAUUCUGGCCCACAACUGCGUCCCGAACACAUCUAGGAGCAUCUAUCCCAGCGAGGGAUACAAAAUCCGCCUCCGUGCCAUGGUCGACUUGGAGGAGGGCCAGCCACUGCAUCACAGCUACACGUACACCCUGGAUGGCACUGACCAGAGACAGAAGCAUUUGAAGCAGGGCAAGUUCUUUAGCUGCAAAUGUGAUCGCUGCUUGGAUCCCACCGAAUUGGGGACGCACUUUUCCAGUUUGAAGUGUGGUCAGUGCGCAGAGGGAUACCAAGUACCCACGCAACCAACAGAAUCAGACACCAGUUGGAACUGUGGUAGCUGUGGAUCCCUCACUAGUAACACGGAGGCGCUGGCAAUGCUGAAAACGCUUCAUUCCGAGGUAAAUUCUGUGCAAGCACUGGAAAUGGGAGCCAAAAGGUUGGAAGAGGUCGAACGAUUGCUGCGCAAGUACAAAUCCCUGCUUCAUCCGCUGCACUUCAUCGCCACGGGACUAAGGCAGCUGCUCAUCGAAAUGUACGGGCGGGUGCAGGGCUACGAGAUGGUCCAGCUACCAGAUCACCAACUUCAGCGGAAAGCAGAGCUCUGCCGGCAGGUGUUACGAGUUCUGAACACCUUUGAACCAGGCCUGAGUCGAACCCGAGCGAUGAAUCUGUACGAACUGCACGUUCCACUGGUACUUCUAGCCAAAAGUGGCUUUAUUGCUGGAAAACUGAGCGGUGGAGAAUUGCGUGCACGCCUGGUGGAUGCCAUAGAUUUGCUGAAGGAGUGCGUGGAGAUCCUGGAAUUCGAGGACAAGAGCUCCCAGGAGGGGGUCCUCUGCCAAGUGGCUACGCAGGCACUAAAACAACUAACUCUUAGCGUCGAGGGCCUAGGAAGCGAACUCGAUUGAUUACUUAUGCAUAUCGGAUAGCUUUAUUGGAAACUAUUCAAGGGUCACAAACUGCGGAUAAUGGUGUUACAUUCAAAUUCUUGUUAGUGCUGCUCGAAGGUCGUAAAUGUCAAAAGAACAAUAAACUACAACUAAGACGUGAUUACAAAUA